AUGUCUGUCAAGGACGUCAGCAAGAAGAGCGGUGAGCUGGAGGGCAAGCUAAAGGGGAAGCUGUUCUUGGGCGGGACGAAGCCUUCCGAGGAGGAUGUGAAGCUGUUUAACGACCUGCUGGGCGCCAACAACACGUGCCUGUACCGCUGGGUGAGGCACAUGGCCUCCUUCACGGAGGCGGAGCGCAAGGCGUGGGGUGCCCCGGUGAAGGUGACAGCUCCUGCGCUUGCCCCCGCCCCGACCCCUGCGGCCGCGAAGGAGACACCAAAGAAGGCCGCGCCGGCUCCCGCCAAGAAGGACGACGACGACGACAUUGACCUCUUCGGGGACGCGACGGAGGAGGAGACGGCUGCCCUCGAGGCCAAGAAGAAGAAGGACGCCGACGCCAAGAAGGCCAAGAAGGAGAUCAUUGCCAAGUCCUCCAUCCUGUUUGACGUUAAGCCGUGGGACGACACCGUGGACCUGAAGGCGCUGGCGCAGAAGCUGCACGCCAUUAAGCGCGACGGCCUGCUCUGGGGCGACCACAAGCUGGUGCCCGUGGCGUUCGGUGUGAAGAAGCUGCAGCAGCUCAUCGUCAUUGAGGACGACAAGGUCUCCAGCGACGACCUGGAGGAUUUGAUCAUGUCGUUCAAGGACGACGUGCAGUCCAUGGACAUCGUCGCCUGGAACAAGAUCUAG